AUGGAGCCUGCAAGUGCGGCGGGCGACGAUGCAGCACCCGUGACUCUCGCUGAGCAGCUGGGAGCCCGAGAGGUCCACCCGCAACGCCAGUCCCCCCUAUACGGCCGCAUCCCGGCCGAGCUCCGCGACCACAUCUUCCGCUACGCGCUGGAGGAGUUCUGUCCGCCCGAGGCCCAGGCUCGCCUCCCCACCUUCUCCGCGCGCUGCUAUCGCCAUGGAGAAGAGCCCCCGUCCACGCCCGAGUACCUCACGGCCAUCGGCGACGGCCAGGAGGUCCGGUAUGCUGGCCGGCGCCGCCGCGAAACCCGCCGCGGCUACGACUGGGUCCGCCCCGACUGCCCCGAGCCGACGGCCGUCGCCGUGGCGCUGCUGGCCACCUGCCGCGCCGUCUACCUCGAGACGCACGCGCUGCCGCUGAUGCUGCGGGAGCACCGCUUCUACCUGGAGCGGGGCCCGCCCCACGGCGUCGGCUCGGUCGCGGGGCUGCGGGCGUAUUUCGAGGAGGCGCUGAGCGGGCCGGCCCCGGUGCGCGGCCUGCGGCAGCGCGACCUCGUGCGGUCCGUCCGCUUCUUCGUGCAGCUGUUCUGGCUCGAGGACGCCAACGCGCCCUACCACUUCUGGCACCUCGCGACCGCGACGCCGUGGCUGCGCCCCGUCGAGCGCCUGCGCAUCACGGUGCGCCGCGCCGACUGGUGGCACUGGGAGAGCAACACCCUCCCCGCCAUCAACCCGUUCCGCGGCACGGCCGGCAACGCGCGCAUGCACCAGGACAUGCGGGCGGGCGACGGCAACCAUCCGUUCGCGGACCGCGUCUGGGGCCUGGCGUUUCAGCACAUGCCCAACCUGCAGACCCUGGUCAUGGACUUUGAGACCUCGGAGGACCUCAAGGCCGAGCUCGACGACAUCCUGCGGUGGGCCGUCAAGUGGCGGCUGCCGCUUUCGGGUGGCCGCUUCCUCAGCGCGGCGGGCCAGCCCGUCGAGAUGAUGCGAUGGCGUGGGAGCGACUACCACUGGAGUGACUACAGCCCGCGCGACUACCGCAGUGCCACACAUAGAGAGAACGACGAACCCCAUGGGUUCGGCCCGCGUCUGUACACCGGGACGGUCACGUGGACAGCUUGCUCGGAAGAGCCAGUCAGGUCGGGUGAGGAGGGAGGCGGGCGACAGGAAGCAAGCGAGCGCUAA